AUGGACAGUGAGAUACCGUACAGCGGUGAGCUGUACCACAGCGCUAUUAUCGCGCUGAACCUGGUUCACACGUCGCUCCUGCGCUGGACCGUCGGCGAUGACACGGCGUCCAUCAAGCUCCGCGUGCGGCCCCAGAAGCAGCUGGAGGAGGCAAUCGCCUACGACCCGGAUUCGCCCGAUGUCAUCCAGCGGCAUUUGGAGCGCUUCACGCUCGGAGCGAUGUCGGUGGCCAUGAUGACCGCCGCGUGCGGCCUGUUCCCCGUUGUGGACCGUAGGAGCGGCUUUCGCCAGCUACAGAUGCUCACGGGCCUCCCUCUCCGCAUCUAUUGGCUGGCGAACUUCAUGUUCGACCUGUUCGUCUACUUGCUGUCCUGCGGCAGCUUCUUCUCCGCCAUGUUCUACUACUACGGCACCUUUUUCAUCGAGAUGAUGACACUCAUCGUGUUUAUUUUCGUGUGCUACGGCUUCUGUGCUGUGCCGAUGUCCUACCUUCUGACCCUGGCUGCGGACACUCCAACCACAGGCUACGCUCUUGUCCUGCUCGCGAGUUUCUUUGGAGCGUUCAUGCAGAGCGGCACAAUCGCCUUCGGACUGUUGCGGGCGGCGGCCGGCGUCAGAUUCGUUUUGCUGAACGUUCUCCCCGUUCUGCGCCUGAUGCCGUCCUACGCCCUAAUGUCGGCCAUCGGCAAGACCGUGUCCAAGAGCCAAAUCGCCUAUAUCUGCAGUCGAGGAACCGUUGACUCCUACAGGCGCAUCUGCGUGGAGCCCGUGGGUGGCUUCAGCGUGGCGGCGCAGGAGGAGCGCACCAACAACGAGGACUUUGUGGAGUACUGCUGUCCACAGUUCCUCGCGCUGGGAGCCACGCGACUGCCAGACUACACCCCUAGCAUUUCGGACGUCCCCGAGGCAUUUUUCAUGCUGUUCGAGGGCAUGGCGUUCGCCUUGCUUCUCCUUUACCUCGACGGUGGCGGCAUUGAUCACAUACGGGAACUCUUCGCGCCACAGGCGAGUGCUGGCAGGAAGGCAGUGUUCAGUCAAAAGGGACCUGACCGGGUAGUGCCAGACCACAAAGUGAGGGACGACGAUGUGGAGGCCGAGGAGAGUCGCGUACGCAACGAAGUACUCAUCGGCAAGCUGGGGAAGGACGUCCUAGCCGUCCUGGAGUUCUGUAAGAGGUACCGAAAGCGGCUGGCCGUCAAUGGCGUCUCGUUCGGGCUCGGCGAGGGAGAGGUGUUGGCCCUGCUCGGAGUAUCCGGCUCGGGCAAGAGCACUCUACUGCGCAUGAUCGCCACCGAAGUGCCCCAUGAUCGAGGCCGAGCGCUGAUGAAGACUCCGACCGGACAUAUCGCGAUCCGCAGCGGACGCCGUCGCUGGCGGGCAGGCCUGGGUUACUGUCCACAGAACGACGGGCUGAUCGAGGAGCUGACGGGCUCCGAGACCCUGGCACUGUUCGCCAGGCUGCGAGGUGUGCCGGAGUACCGUGUGGCUUCCGUGACUGGAGACAUUGCGCGCCUAGUGGGACUGGAGACGGUCAUUGAGGAAUAUGUCGCUGCGUACAGCGCUGGGAUGCGGCGACGUCUUUCCGUUGCCGUGGCGCUGGUUGGAUUGCCGCCCCUGGUGCUUCUCGACGAGCCGACGGUUGGCGUGGACGUGUCCUCACGCAGGAUAUUUUGGGACGCGCUGCGCGGACUGCAGAACGUGGCUGGCAUAUCGGUGGUCAUAACGACUGGAAGGGUUUCCUGGAGUACCACAUGGCCAACACGGGACUGCUGUGGAGUGACCUGUUCGCUCACGCCGAGGCGAUCAAGCAAAAGUACAACGUCCUCGAACUGCUCAUCAGCGACACUACCCUGGACCACGUGUACGCGGCCCUCGCGAGGUGGGAGCGCGGUCGCCCUCACAGGAUGGGUGACGCCGAUUCGGGCGAGAAGGAAGAGAAGGACGAAAAGCAAUAACUCCACUCGCAGCUGCUCGCUGACAAGCUUUAUCCGCAAGUGGUGUGGAGACCGCCUGAAAAGGCAGUAAGGGCAACGGAAGGACACAACUGUGCCCGUGUGUUUUGGAUCUGAAACGUAUUAGCGACGUUGUGUACUCGUUAGGGUGUACAUCGAUUAGUACACCGCGAAAUCGUCGGACUUCUUAUAUCCGGGUUUAGUGCUCACUUCUCUAUCUUGUUCAUUUUGCGAAUUGUGUUUGUCCUCGUUGAUAUUUGUGCGGCGCUUUGCUUGAAAAGCGACUGCCGUUUUAAUACAUCAGUUUGAAAUUAUCUCCAUGAUGACCUGCUAGCGUAACUACUUGUCCCGGGUGAGUUGAGGUCGUGU